GCAUAAUUGGAACUUCCAAAUCCUAUUAUCGUGCGCGGUGGUAUAUUUAUGGUAUACAAGAGAUUUCCCAUUGCUCUAAGGGUCAAAAUGGCGUGAUCGCGUUGAUCGAGUGUUACGGAGCCAAGUCAAACCAGCUAUGUCUAUAUAAACAGAAGUAAUGCUCUCUAUUAUUGUCAUACAAUGCCAGCAAUAAAUACAGGAAAGGUCUUAGUUACAGGUGCAUCUGGAUUUCUAGCGGUCACCCUCGUGGAGAGUCUCUUAGACGCUGGAUUUGAAGUCAGGGGCACCGUCAGAUCAUCUAGCAAGGGAGAAUACCUCUUACAUUAUUUCAAUAAUCGUAGGUUUAACUUCAUUGUUGUUCCAGACAGUGUCGUGGAUGGUGCAUUCGACGACGCUGUCCAGGGUAUGGAUGGAGUCAUACAUACAGCUUCCCCUUUCCACUUCAAUGCCUCACAUCCAAAUGAUUUAAUAUUGCCGGCUGUCAAUGGCACGCUUAACCUCCUGAAAGCAGCUCAUGAAUAUGGCAAUAACACCCUAAAGCGUGUUGUAAUUACCUCAUCAAUCGCUGCCAUCUUUGAACCUACUACUGAGGAAGUGGUGUUUACGGAAGAAAGUUGGAAUGAAUUUUCUAUCAGACAGGUGAAUGAGAAGCAGGAUAAGGCAACUCCUGCUGAUAUUUACAGAGCUAGCAAAUCGCUAGCAGAGAAAGCUGCUUGGGAAUACGUGGCAUCGGCUAAGACGUCAUUUGAUAUCGCAACUGUCAAUCCUGCCGUGAUAUUCGGUCCUCCAAAGCAGCAAAUCAGCUCUGCAGACCAGCUAAACACAUCUACUGCGAUGUUCUACAACUUCCUUAUCGGUAAGCAGCAAAGCUUGGGCGCGGCUGGGAACUUUGUGGAUGUGAGAGAUGCCGCCAAAACUCAUCUACUCUCUCUUACGAAAGAAGUGGCAGGCGGCCAGCGUUUCAUUUCAAAUUCAGACAAGGGUGGUUUUACUUGGCAAGAUGUAGCCGAUGUGCUUCAUGAAAAACUUCCAAAUGAUGAUAUUGUCAAGAAUCGCGUAUUGAGAGGAUCUCCAGGAGCUGGUGUGAAUGUUAAACAGAUGGGAUUCUCAAACAAUAAGGCACAAGAAUUACUCGGGCAAUCAUUUACGCCAUUCGAAGUGAGUGUGGUAGAUACAUUUCACUCUCUCUGCAAUUUAGAAAAGAGUUUGCUCUAGUUUUGUAUUAAAUUUCUUUUUUCCAUUCGCAUCACCAGUAGUUAGAUGAUGCAGAUGUUAUUGAUAUGCUUAUCGACAAAACAUCAUCUAGUUCAUGUUUACUUGAGCAUUCCCAUUGGGUUACUUUCAGCCACUAUUUAUGUCAAACACAAUUCCCGGUAUUCCUUUUAUAGGCAACCAUUUACAUGGGCAAACUCUAUCAUCAGUACCCAUUAUAUCGUUAUUGGGUAUACCUGCCGUCUCACAUUGCUUGAUUUAGUUUGAAUUCAUAUAGAAUUUAGUUUGAGCUAAACAAUACACUCUGUUUAGGUAGCCAAGAUAAGCUUGCCGCGUGUUUUGGCAUCCAGAUCAAUUCUAGUUGAACGAUCUCGUAAAAUUAGAAGGAUGCUUAGAAUGUUCCAAGAAAAAGUUCAGAUAACACUUAUCUCUUUGUAUUUGUCAUAUAUCCUCCAACAAUAUCGUUGGUGUUCACCCGCUGUUAGUUAGCCUUGAACCAUUGAUGUUAUAGAGCGCGAUAUUGCAGUACGAUUACAAAAAUCACAAGAUAUAUAACUUUAAAGCAUGAAAAAUAAAAAGUCAUACGUCCUAAGUAGCCAGGUCUCUAUUUUAACGACCGUUUGUGACACAUUUUGCUGUGCGCGACCCUCAAGUACAUCGACAGUCAAAAUUUCAUGCUUUUCUGAAUAGUCAGUUAUUAUGCAUUAGCAAUAUCCGGGAAAAUUUAUGAGCGUUUAGCUGAGUGAGUCUAAUUAUACAGAAAACGAUCAGAAAUUAUCUCACCAGUGGAAAAGAAAGAUAGCAAACGAUUAAGAAGACAUGGCUGAGAUAGGAAGCACAGAUUGAUAACUAUUAAUUGAGCUUUCUGUGCUUGUUUCGCAUCCAGUCAAUGUAAUUCUACUUUCAACAGAACAUGUUCUUCUCCAUCUUCGUUA